AUGGACUUCACCGACGAGCCCCCCUCCAAGAAGCGCCGGUUCCUGGCCGACCACCUGGACUCGGACGAUGUCGUUGCCGGCCCCAAAGCCACGCCUCGAAAGUCGAAAUAUGCGGACGACGACAACCAGGAACCCCCGAUAUUCUUCACAGAGGAGAAUAUCAAGUUCUUUCUUGACGAACUGCCCAAGCCAGAUCCCAGGAGAGGCUAUCUCUUGAAAGAUAUCGAUACUCCAGUCGCGACACCAGUCCCCGUGGCCGAGUCCCCCCAGCUGGCGUUCGACAAAGACACAUUCGAAGCCUUUGUUGGCGAAAAGGUUGCGAUUGACAUCCUCCAGGUCAUAAGCAAGAACUGCGGCAACAAUAUCGAAAGAGCUGUCAAUAUGUACCUGGAUGGAACAUGGAAGAAGCUGUACCGGGCGCCUCCCGUCAGGGUCAACUCGCAUGCGCCCCUGAUUGUAGGAGGCCAGUCUCCCAAGAAAGCAUCAACAACACCACAAGCACGAUCGCCAUCACAAGCUCUAGCCAAGUCACAACCAAGGUCGAAACCACCACCAACGGAUGAACCCAAGGUUCUCCCAUCAAUACCGGAAGCCCGCUAUGUCGGCGCACUUGGCGUUGAGGGGUGGGCUACCAGGAGCGGGACAGGCCUUCUCAGACACGGCGAUAUCGUCAAGAUUGAGCGCCAAAAGAUCCAACCACCCACCGUUGGAAGGAAAGGGCAAAACAAGCCUGGAACUCCACAAUCCAUUCCACGGGUCAGCGCGGCAGCCGCCAAACGUGUCGAUGUCAUAGUCCGCUUCACCGACGCCAGCGGCAGGGAACUUGGUCGUCUGGCCAAAGACACAGCCAACUGGGUGUCACCACUAAUAGAUCAAAAGAUUUGCAGAUUCCAAGGCAUCUGCGUCUACGCACCCGAGCGACUACGAACAAACGAGACCGUCUUCCUACAACUCAAGUGCUACAUGCUCCGGUCAGCCUUCUUCGGGAGAACCCUCCAACUAGCCGACAACAGAGCCGCCGGGUUCCACGAGAAAGAUGAGACAACAGAGGAGAAGGAGCUCCGGUUGAGGCAAGUUGCGCUCGUCAGACUGUUCCAAGAGAUCAACCUUGUCCCCUCGCGAGGCAAUGCUGCUGCCGCCAGAGACGCCAGGAAAGAACUGCUUGAAGCAGCAGAAAUAGCCGAGAAGAAGGCCAUGGACAAGGCAAAGGCCGGAGAAAACAAUAACGGGUCAGCUUCUCCAUCAGGAGAGGCCGAAGAGGGCCAAGAGCUCGAACAAGACCAACUUGAUGAGCUGUACAAGAAGGCUCAAUCAUUCGACUUUAACACCCCCGAGGCCGAACCGGCUGAUACCUUCGCCAUGACCUUGCGUCCAUACCAGAAGCAAUCGCUGCAUUGGAUGCUGGCCAAGGAGAAGAACCAGCGAACAGAAGACCGCGAAACAUCCAUGCAUCCCUUAUGGGAAGAGUAUACUUGGCCGCUCAAGGACCAUGACGACAAGGACUUGCCUGUUGUUCCUGACCAACCCUACUUCUACGUCAAUCCAUACUCUGGCGACCUGUCUCUUGACUUCCCCAAGCAAGAACAGCAUUGUCUUGGUGGUAUCUUGGCUGACGAGAUGGGACUUGGCAAAACCAUCCAAAUGCUCUCCCUGAUUCAUUCGCACAGAUCCGAAGUAGCCAUCAAGGCGCGUGAGGCCGGUCCCACCUCAGUCAACAACCUCCCACGUCUACCAGCAGUGUCUGGACAGAAGACAACGGUUGACGCUCCAUGUACAACACUUGUGGUUGCCCCCAUGUCCUUGCUAGCGCAAUGGCAAAGCGAGGCUGAGAAUGCUUCCAAGGAGGGCACCCUCAAGACCAUGAUGUACUACGGGACGGAGAAGAAUGUCGAUCUGUUGAGUUUGUGCUGCGAAGCCAACGCAGCCAACGCUCCAGGGGUGAUCGUCACCAGCUACGGAGUCGUCCUUUCCGAGUUUACCCAGCUCGCUACCAAGAACGCAGACAGACUCAACAGCCGUGGUCUAUUCUCCCUCAACUUCUUCCGCGUCAUCCUGGACGAAGCACACAAUAUCAAGAACCGCCAAGCCAAGACUUCUCGAGCAUGCUACGAGAUCGCCGCCGAACACCGCUGGGUCCUCACCGGAACCCCCAUCGUCAACCGUCUCGAAGACCUCUUCAGCCUCUCCAAGAACUUUGUCCGCGCCCUAGACGUCGUCCAAACCGUCCUUGAGCCGCUCGUGAUGCGCCGCACCAAAGACAUGAAGACCCCCGAUGGGCAGUUCCUCGUCCCACUCCCGCCCAAACACAUCGAGAUCGUCGACAUCGAACUCUCCGAGCCUGAGAGGGCAGUAUAUGACUACAUCUUCAAACACGCCAAGCGGACAUUCUUCGAUAACAUGCAAGCCGGCACGGUCAUGAAGGCGUUCACCUCCAUCUUCGCGCAGAUCUUGCGGCUCCGCCAAACGUGCUGUCACCCCUUGCUCGUCCGCAACCAGGAGGUUCUCGCUGAUGAGGAGGAAGCCAACAUGGCCGCUGACGUCGCGGCGGGAUUAGCUGACGACAUGGACCUUCAAUCUCUCAUCGAACGCUUCACCGCCACCACCGACGACGCCUCAACCACCAACAACAACUUCGGUGCUCAUGUGCUCAAACAGAUCCGCGACGAAGCAGUCAACGAAUGUCCCAUCUGCGCCGAAGAGCCCAUGAUCAACCAAGCCGUGACAGGAUGUUGGCACUCUGCGUGCAAGAAAUGUCUGCUCGACUACAUCAAGCACCAAACCGACCGUAACGAGGUCCCACGGUGUUUCCAAUGUCGCGAGCACAUCAACAUCCGGGACAUCUUCGAAGUCAUCCGCCACGCCGAUGAUGACCCGGAAACCACACCGUCGACUCCAAGUCCAGGGGCAACUCCCGAACCACGCAUCUCCCUCCAACGCAUCGGCACCAACGACUCCUCCGCUAAAAUCGUCGCUCUAAUCUCGCACCUCCGCGCCCUCCGCCAGGAACAUCCCAAGAUGAAAUCCCUAGUGAUUUCCCAGUUCACGUCCUUCCUCACUCUCAUCUCCAGCGCUCUCGCCCGUCACAAAAUCGCUUUUUUGCGGUUAGAUGGGUCCAUGUCCCAAAAGGCUCGCGCGGCGGUGCUUACCGAGUUUCAGGCCAGCAACAAGUUUUGUGUGCUGCUGCUGAGUCUCAAAGCCGGCGGUGUCGGAUUGAACUUGACGAAUGCGAAGAGGGUUUACAUGAUGGAUCCGUGGUGGUCCUUUGCUGUGGAGGCGCAGGCGAUUGAUCGCGUUCAUCGCAUGGGGCAGGAGGAUGAGGUGAGGGUUUAUCGGUUCAUUGUGAAACAAAGUGUGGAAAUGAGGAUGUUGAGGGUGCAGGAGAGGAAGAAGUUUAUAGCAACUUCGCUGGGCAUGAUGUCUGACGAAGAAAAGAGGGUGCAGAGGAUCGAGGAUAUCAAGGAGCUGUUGAGCUCGGAUUGA